AAAAAUGUUUUCAACAAUUACUGGUCUAGCAGAAAAUGCAGCAUUUAGAACUUUGGCUGAUCAAUCUAGAGAAGUAAAUAUGAUGGAAGAAUUCAAUUCUGAUCCAAAACGUGCAGAAAAGUUUACUUUAAAAUUGUUGAAUUCAAAUGGAGGUCUUCAACUUUAUUUGGAUUUUUCAAAAAAUAUAAUUGAUGAUUCGAAGUUUAAACAACUUAUUGAUAUUGCUCGUCAAGCUAAUGUAGAACAAUGGCGUGACAAAAUGUUUUCUGGUGAACAUAUAAAUUUUACAGAAGGCCGUUCUGUUUUGCACGUUGCAUUGCGAAAUAGAGAAAAUAAACCGAUUUUGGUUGAUGGAAAAGAUGUAAUGCCUGAUGUUAAUACUGUUCUUAAACAUAUGAAAGAAUUUUGUGAUCAAAUAAUUAGUGGCCAAUGGACUGGUUAUACUGGUGAAAAAAUUACGGAUGUUGUUAAUAUUGGAAUUGGUGGCUCUGAUUUGGUUCUCAAAAAAGUCAAUCCAGCGACCGUUCUUUUCAUCAUUGCUUCAAAAACGUUUACAACACAGGAGACAAUUACAAAUGCUGAAUCUGCUCGUGAAUGGUUUGUGACGAAAGCAGGUGAUGCUAAACAUGUUGCCAAACAUUUUGUGGCGCUUUCUACAAAUGCAACUAAAGUCAAGGAAUUUGGUAUUUCUGAAGAGAAUAUGUUCGAAUUUUGGGAUUGGGUUGGUGGUCGUUACUCUCUUUGGUCUGCAAUUGGUCUUUCAAUUGCUGUUCACAUUGGAUUCGAAAAUUUUGAACAAUUGCUUGACGGUGCUUUUCUUGUUGAUAAACAUUUUUGUCAAACACCGCUCGAAUCUAAUGUAUAUUUUUUUAUUGCUAGAUAG